AUGAUCAAUCAAAUCAAAAAACUAAAUCCAUUCAUCAAAUCAAUCUCUCAUUCAUCAAACCAAUUCAAAAAUCAAUUUCAUAGUUCUAUUCCUUCAUCUCAACUUACUUCAACUUCAACUUCAAUUCCAAAUCAAAUCUCCAUCAAGAAUCAUAUAUCAAACCAACCACAAUCACAAUCACAAAGUUUAAUUAAAUUUAAACCAUUCAUCAAUAAACCAGCACCAGAAAGGAUCCCAAACCCACAUCAUUCAAUUGAAACGGUUGAAAAGUUUUUAUCUUCUUUAAAACGUCCGAACCUUUUAGAUCUUAAAAGUAAAUUUGAUUCAUGGAAUCAGUUCUUUGAAUCUAAUGGAACUUUAUUGAAAUCAAAAUCAAUCAAUCCAAAAGAAAGAAGAUAUUUACUUUGGGCUAUGGAAUUAUUCAGACAUGGUAAAGAUCCAAAGGAAUUUGCAGUGAAACUUAAGAAAAAGAAAGUUAUUAGAGGUUGGGGUCCUAGGGUACAGAAUGGAAAAAGACUUCGUGGUAAACCAGGUGGUAGGAUUACACUUUAA